CGAGCUCAAGUAUCGCCUAUCAGCUAUCACCGUCAUUUGCUCUUUUUUCUUGAUUCUAAAUGCAAACUUGCAAGCUUCAAUGCCUGUAUAAAUCUAUAUAUCUAUGUGCACAUACCUGCAGACAAAGGAUGUCAGAGGGGCAGUGGGGGAGAGAGAUUUAUUAUGUAUGGAGACUCUGAGGGUAGGUAAGGGAUGUUUAGAAUCUCUGCAAUCUUCAAGACUGCAUUUCUGGAAAUGGGUUGUAGAACUGUAGAAGAGUAGUGAACUUUGGUGGUCUGGGUACAAAUUUUCCGGAAAAAAAAUGUAUAAAAAAAGUGGUUUUUAGAGAGUGGGAGUAAUUGGGGAGACAGUAGCCUUAGCAAAGAACUGAUUUUUAAUUUUUUUUUUCUUGAGAAUCUUGAAAAUGGCGUCCUCAGGGAUAAAUGUAGUGAUGACAGUGAUAGGGUUUGUGUUGAGUGCCAUGUUCAUAGUGUUUGUGUGCACAAGGCUAAUCUGUGCAAGAAUUCUAUUGCACUCUACUAGGCGGCGAUCUGUAGCCAUAGCUUCUAGAUCUGAUCUUAGCAUUUUAGAGCGUGGUUUGAAUGGUCUUAAGCCUCUCGACAUCAGCAGCUUCCCCACAAAGAAGUUCGGUGAUGCAUUCUUUACCUCCAAAGAAGAUGCUCAAUGCACAGUUUGCCUGGCAGAUUACGACAGCGAGGACACAUUACGCAUCUUGCCACUGUGCGCACACUAUUUCCACGUCUCGUGUAUCGACAUCUGGCUGCAGCAGCACUCCACAUGCCCGGUGUGUCGAAUUUCCCUGCUGCUCCAAGGCACGGACAAAAAGCGGGUUAGUAUGCAGCCCAUGUUCAGCUCAGCUGUGCGGUCUCAAUGUGGCGUGUUGUCCAUGUUCAGUUCAUCGAGGCCACACGGGAGCCCCGCGACAGAAGAGUGGCAUCUGUGCGAGAGCGGGAGGGUUGGAGGCGGAGAAGACGACCCCGUCGUCUUGGCUCGAGGCAUCCAACAGGUAACAAAAGGUUCAGAAAAUAAAGAGGUGGAGAGCCCAUCCAGUGGUUAAGUUAUAUCAAGAUUUGUGUUGGGGCUUUAUGUACAUAUUAGAAUUGGACUGUGGUGAGUUUUGUUUGAGUUAGUUGAGUGGUUUAAGAUGAUAUUUCAAUUUUCAAGGAGGCUGAGAGUCAGAUAAUGUCCAUUUUGCCCCUCCCCCCCAUAAGAAGUAUGUAGGCAUAUAUGUAUGUUUCAUGGUAUUGCUUGAUCAUAAAUGGAUGAGAAGGAAGCCUGCAAUGACUCAGAUUCAUGGUGACUUUCCUGUUUUGUCCUCAAUCACUGAUCAGUUAAGUAGACACUGGGAUCUUUAUGUUUAUGUUUUUCUAAUUUUUUUUUUAAAUAAUAUUUUCAUUGUUUCAUUUAUACGAAAUAACAAUUUCAAACUCUCAA